AUGGACAAAGACAACGGUUUCCCAUCUUCCAUUGGACAAAUGCACUGCAAUCCAGGAGUUGUGGAAUAUUCAAAGGAUAUUGAGGGGAAGGAGGCGCAACAUUCUCAUUUUGGGGAAUUAAGCAUUGAAGUAUUCGUGGAAGACGAAAAAGACGAAAUUAAACGGAGCAAAUGA